AUGGCCAAGUCGACGCAAGACGCGGCCCAACAGCCUCAUGGCUACCACUUUGGAGGACCUAUCGGAACUUUUGGCAUUUCAAUCAUCCUCCCCGUUCUCGUCUACGUUUUUGCUUUCGCCUGCAACGACAUCUCCGGGUGCCCCGCGCCGUCCCUUCUCGACCCCAAGAACUUGACCCUUGAACAACUCAAGCGCGAAGUCGGCUGGCCUCAGGAGGGUGUCUGGGGCCUUGGCAGUACAAAGGUUACCGGCAUUGUCCUGGGAUACUACUUCUUCAAUGCGCUCCUGUACCGUUUCCUGCCCGGCACUGAGGUUGAGGGCGUCCAGCUUGCCUCUGGCGGCAAGCUCAAGUACCGCUUCAACUCGUUUGCCUCUGGCAUGUUCAUCUUGACCCUCUGCCUUGCUGGCACCGUUGCCCAGGGCGCUGAGUUCCCUGUAUGGACGUUCAUUACCGACAACUACAUCCAAGUCGUCACUGCCAAUAUGCUGGUUGCCUUCGGUACAGCCACAUUCGUCUAUGUGCGCAGCUUCAGCGUGAAGCCUGGCAACAAGGAGAACCGCGAGCUGGCUGAGGGUGGGCACACCGGUAACCUGGUGUACGACUGGUUCAUCGGACGAGAGUUGAACCCCCGCGUUACCAUUCCCAUCAUUGGCGAGAUCGAUAUCAAGGAGUUCAUGGAAGUUCGACCCGGUCUGCUCGGCUGGUCUCUGGUCAACUUUGCUUGGAUGGCCCAACAGUACCGCACUUACGGCUUCGUCACCAACAGCAUCGUCUUCACUUCCGUCGUUCAGACCAUUUACGUCAUUGAUUGCUGGUACAACGAGCCUGCGAUCCUGACUACCAUCGACAUCAUCACCGACGGCUUUGGUUUCAUGCUGGCUUUUGGCGAUGUUGCGUGGCUCCCCUUCAUGUACUCGCUCCAAACCAAGUACCUGGCCGCGUAUCCCGUCUCGGUCAGCCCUCUCGGCAUGGCUGGAAUUUUCAGCGUUAUCGGUGUCGCGUUCUUCAUCUUCCGCGCGUCCAACAGCCAGAAGAAUGCGUUCCGCAACAACCCCAACGACCCGAGCGUUGCCCAUCUGAAGUACAUCGAGACCAAGGCCGGCACUCGUCUUCUGAUCACUGGCUGGUGGGGAGUCGCGAGACACAUCAACUACCUGGGCGACUGGCUGCAGGCGUGGCCUUACAGCUUGCCCACCGGCAUGGCAGGAUACAAGAUCGUCUCCGCUGGAAGUGAUUUCGUGGCGUCUGGUGUCGCAGGAGCCUUUAAGAUGGCUGAUGGUCGUGAGGUUAUCCAGGGUGACGCGCGUGGAUGGGGAAUUCCCUUCACCUACUUCUACAUCCUCUACUUUGCGAUUCUGCUGAUUCACCGCGACCGCCGCGACGACGAGAAGUGCGCGCGCAAGUACGGCGAGGACUGGGAGAAGUACAAGAAGAUUGUCAGGUGGAGAAUCCUGCCCGGCAUCUACUAA